UUCUAGAUUGGAUUCGGCCAUUUCUGCUCAACCGGCAAACCCCACCGAGCGAGUAACGGGACGGCGACUGACAACAUCUGAAGAUGAGUGAACAAGCUGUUUCCUUCGCCAAGGACUUCUUGGCUGGUGGUAUUGCCGCUGCCAUCUCCAAAACAGCCGUAGCCCCCAUCGAGAGAGUCAAACUGCUGCUCCAGGUACAACAUGCCAGCAAACAGAUCGCAGCUGACCAGCAGUACAAGGGCAUCGUCGACUGCGUGGUCCGUAUCCCCAAAGAGCAGGGCUUCCUUUCGUUCUGGAGAGGGAAUCUGGCCAACGUCAUCCGAUACUUCCCCACUCAGGCCCUCAACUUCGCAUUCAAGGACAAGUACAAGAAGAUUUUCCUCGACGGCGUAGACAAGCACAAGCAGUUCUGGAGAUACUUUGCGGGUAACCUGGCAUCCGGUGGUGCCGCCGGAGCCACGUCGCUCUGUUUCGUCUACCCCCUCGACUUCGCCAGAACACGUCUCGCCGCUGACGUGGGCAAAGCAGGAGCCGAGCGUGAGUUCAAAGGCCUGGGAGACUGCUUGGUGAAAAUCUCCAAGUCAGAUGGCAUCAAGGGUCUGUACCAGGGCUUCAGCGUUUCAGUACAGGGCAUUAUCAUCUACAGAGCUGCUUACUUUGGCAUCUACGACACAGCAAAGGGCAUGCUUCCAGACCCCAAGAACACACACAUUGUAGUGAGCUGGAUGAUUGCUCAGUCUGUGACUGCCGUCGCUGGUCUCGUGUCCUACCCCUUCGACACCGUCCGUCGUCGUAUGAUGAUGCAGUCUGGACGCAAAGGAGCUGACAUUAUGUACAGCGGCACCAUUGACUGCUGGAAGAAGAUCGCACGUGAUGAGGGCAGCAAGGCCUUCUUCAAGGGAGCGUGGUCUAAUGUGCUCAGAGGCAUGGGUGGCGCCUUUGUGCUCGUCUUGUACGAUGAGCUCAAGAAAGUCAUCUAAGUUGUUUUUAUAUAUCCACUGUUCAUGUUGUGAAGUUUAACUGUAACAUAUCUUGUACAUUUGGAAGGACUUAAAUGCCGAGCUAUAUAUUUAUAGGGACCAACUAGUAUUUUCUACUAGUUGUACCGGGGGAAUCAGUUACACAUUCUUCUCUUGGCCCAUGCUUUCUCUUUUUUGUUUUGCCCCCCGACAGAAUGUCAUUCCCUGAACACAGGAACCUUGCCGGAAAAAAAAGACAAAAUAAAGGCAACCUACUGAGUGAA